AUGGUCAGGACCAGGUCUAGGGCUACUAGCCCUGGCCGUCAGGGAAGCAGAGGCGCUUCAAGUGAUCCCCAGCGUGAUCGCCAAUCUGCACCAGUCAUGCAGACGUCAUCCGUUCAGAAUAUGCAAUCCAUGGCGGCUGCAAUGGCGGAAUUGACUCGCCAAAACCAGGAGUUAAGGAUGGAGAUCAGUCAGAGAAGACAGACACGUGAGGAACACGCAGGACAGACACAAGGCCAUUGUGACAGAGAGAAUACUGAGGUUGGAAGUCAGUUUAAAGGCACCACUUCACGGACAGUGCCACACUUGAAAGAGGAAAUGGACCAAAUGAAGAAAGUCAUGGAGGAGAUGAAGGAGAACAUGAGGAGAACUAAUCCUAUAGAAGAUUUGGUCCACAGAACAGAUUCUCCUUUUACGGCUUCCAUCAAUGGCCACCCCUUACCAUCAAAGUUCAAAUUGCCUUCCCUGGACUCGUAUGAUGGGACGCGUGACCCCUUUGAUCACAUUGCAACAUUCAAGAUGACAAUGCACCUCCAAGGGGUCCCUGAUGAAAUCAUGUGUCGAGCCUUCCCUACUACCCUUAAAGGCCCGGCACGAGUUUGGUUCAGUAAAAUCCCCCCAAGUUCCGUAAGUUCUUUCGAAGAGUUAAGCAAAUUGUUUGUUAACAAUUUCAUCGGGGGACAGAGGCACAAGCGCUCUUCGUCCAGCUUACUGACCAUAGAACAAGGGGAGAACGAAAGCCUGCGGUCAUUCAUCACUCGCUUCAACAGAGAAGCCCUUAGCGUGGACGAGGUGGACGACAAGCUUCUAUUGGCAGCCUUCCACAAUGGGAUUAAUUCGGAUUUAUUUAUCCACAAGCUAUACGAGAAGGAGCCUCAAACCAUGGCCGAGCUCGUCCAUUCGACUCAGAACUUCAUGAAUGCAGAAGAUGCAAUCAUAGCCAAGAAGAGGAAAAGAGCUGAGAGGAUGGAAGCGCACCCAGUUCGACACUCAGAACAAGCCCCUCGUCCAAAGAAGGGACGGACGGAAGAUAGGAAGGAACGAGAUGGCAGGAAGACAGGUCCCUUGGGAAGAAGCCAGAACUAUACGCCCCUGAACGCUCCACUUAAUCAGGUGCUCAUGCAAAUCAAAGACGAUCCUUCUUUAAAAUGGCCAGAGAAGAUGAAAGGGGAUCCCAACAAGCGCAAUAAGAACAAAUAUUGUCGCUUUCACAGGGACCAUGGGCAUGACACGGAUGAAUGUUAUGACCUAAAAUAG